AUGUCCUCGGUGAUCAACAUCAGCUGGAAAACCAGAUUGCUAUUGAGGCCACCUCAUGAUUUCAGCUUACGACUGGAGGCUUCGUUUAGGGCCGCACGCGGAAUAGGGGGGGGGGGGGGGGGGGGGGGGGGGGGGGGGGGGGGGGGGGAAGGGUGGGGGGGGGGGGGGGGGGGGGGGGGGGGGGUGGGGGGGGGGGGGGGGGGGGGGGGGGGGGGGGGGGGGGGGGGGGGGGGGGGGGGGGGGGGGGGGGGGGGGGGGGGGGGGGGGGGGGGGGGGGGGGGGGGGGGGGGGGGGGGGGGGGGGGGGGGGGGGGGGGGGGGGGGGGGGGGGGGGGGGGGGGGGGGGGGGGGGGGGGGGGGGGGGGGGGGGGGGGGGGGGGGGGGGGGGGGGGGGGGGGGGGGGGGGGGGGGGGGGGGGGGGGGGGGGGGGGGGGGGGGGGGGGGGGGGGGGGGGGGGGGGGGGGGGGGGGGGGGGGGGGGGGGGGGGGGGGUGGGGGGGGGGGGGGGGGGGGGGGGGGGGGGGGGGGGGGGGGGGGGGGGGGGGGGGGGGGGGGGGGGGGGGGGGGGGGGGGGGGGGGGGGGGGGGGGGGGGGGGGGGGGGGGGGGGGGGGGGGGGGGGGGGGGGGGGGGGGGGGGGGGGGGGGGGGGGGGGGGGGGGGGGGGGGGGGGGGGGGGGGGGGGGGGGGGGGGGGGGGGGGGGGGGGGGUGGGGGGGGGGGGGGGGGGGGGGGGGGGGGGGGGGGGGGGGGGGGGGGGGGGGGGGGGGGGGGGGGGGGGGGGGGGGGGGGGGGGGGGGGGGGGGGGGGGGGGGGGGGGGGGGGGGGGGGGGGGGGGGGGGGGGGGGGGGGGGGGGGGGGGGGGGGGGGGGGGGGGGGGGGGGGGGGGGGGGGGGGGGGGGGGGGGGGGGGGGGGGGGGGGGGGGGGGGGGGGGGGGGGGGGGGGGGGGGGGGGGGGGGGGGGGGGGGGGGGGGGGGGGGGGGGGGGGGGGGGGGGGGGGGGGGGGGGGGGGGGGGGGGGGGGGGGGGGGGGGGGGGGGGGGGGGGGGGGGGGGGGGGGGGGGGGGGGGGGGGGGGGGGGGGGGGGGGGGGGGGGGGGGGGGGGGGGGGGGGGACGCAGUACAGCCGCCUAGAAUGUAGGCGAAACUAUUUCUCCCUUCGAGUGUCACAGCCUUGGAACGCCCUCCCGGAACAUGUAAUUAAUGCACCCACCCUAUCCCUUUUCAAAAAACGCCUUGACGAUACCCUGUCACAUUUACACUACGUGCUAUAGCUCAUGACCACCAGAUGCUGGCACUAAUGCACAACAGACAGGGGAUAGUGCCAUAACCCUACU